CCCCUCCUCCCCCUAAUGAAUCCCCCUCGGGACAGAAAAGGGGGCUGCGCCGCCUCUGGGGCGAAUGUGCUGCCGCGGGACCCCGCCCCGUCGCUUCAGGUGGGAGGCCGCGUCCCCCGGAGCUCCGCCGAGGAGGAGGCGGAGGGGAAGGGGGUCCGGGGCGCAUUUCCGGGGGAGGGAGGGAAGGAGGCCCCAGGGCCCCCGCCGCCGCCUUUCCGGGCCCUGCGCUGCUUCGGGGAGCGAGCAGGCUCCUUCGGAGGAGGCGCCAUGUCUCCGUGGGGCUGGGAGGCGCUGGUGGCGCUGGCGGCGGUGGCCUGCUUGGCGGCGGAGGGCAGAGGAGGCGGCGGCAUGUUCCCGGGCCAGGCGGCGGGGGCGUCUGCUGGUGGCGGAGGCGGCGGCGCAUCAUCUGCUGGAGGUGGCGUGGGUGCGGGGCCUGCCCCUCAGCCGGACCCCUGCUACGACGAGACGGGCCAGGCCCGGCGCUGCAUCCCGGACUUCGUGAACGCGGCCUUCGGGAAGGAGGUGCGGGUGUCAAGCACGUGCGGGCGGCCGCCCUCGCGCUUCUGCGUGCUUUCCGAGAAGGAGGCGGCGAUGGCGGGGCCCGGGAGCAACAGCGGGGAGGGCAAGGCCUCGCAGCAGCAGCAGCAGCACCCGGGGGCCUCGUCCCCGCCCCGCCCGCGCGCCUGCCACCUGUGCGACGCGGCGGAGGCCAAGCGCGCGCACCCGGCCGCCUACCUGACGGACCUGAACAACCCGCACAACCUGACCUGCUGGCAGUCGGAGAGCUUCCCGCAGCACCCGCAGAACGUCACGCUCUCGCUCUCGCUGGGCAAGAAGUUCGAGGUGACCUACGUGAGCCUGCAGUUCUGCUCGCCGCGUCCGGAGUCCAUGGCCAUCUUCAAGUCCAUGGACGGCGGGCGCAGCUGGGUGCCCUUCCAGUUCUACUCCGCGCAGUGCCGCAAGAUGUACGGCCGGCCCAGCCGCGCCGCCAUCACCAAGCAGAACGAGCAGGAGGCCGUCUGCACCGACUCGCACACCGACGUGCGGCCCCUCUCCGGAGGCCUCAUCGCCUUCAGCACCCUGGACGGGCGGCCCUCGGCCCACGACUUCGACAACUCGCCCGUCCUGCAGGACUGGGUCACGGCCACCGACAUCAAGGUGGUCUUCAGCCGCCUCCACACCUUCGGCGACGAGAACGACGAGGGCGACCCGCAGCUGGCCCGCGACUCCUACUACUACGCCGUCUCCGACCUGCAGGUGGGCGGGCGCUGCAAGUGCAACGGCCACGCCGCGCGCUGCCUCCGCGACCGCGACGGGCUCCUUGCCUGCGACUGCAAGCACAACACCGCCGGGCCCGAGUGCGACCGAUGCAAACCCUUCCACUACGACCGGCCCUGGCAGCGCGCCACCGCCCGGGAGGCCAACCAGUGUCUGGCUUGUAACUGCAAUCUGCAUGCCAGAAGGUGUCGCUUUAAUAUGGAACUCUACAAAUUGUCUGGUCGCAAGAGUGGAGGUGUCUGCCUCAAUUGCCGACACAACACAGCAGGUCGUCACUGCCAUUACUGUAAGGAAGGCUACUAUCGGGACAUGACAAAGCCAAUUACACACAGAAAAGCAUGCAAAGCAUGUGAUUGCCAUCCCGUGGGUGCAGCUGGAAAAACCUGUAAUCAAACUACAGGGCAAUGUCCCUGCAAAGAUGGCGUGACAGGCAUCACUUGCAACCGAUGUGCCAAAGGUUACCAGCAAAGCAGAUCUCCCAUUGCCCCCUGCAUAAAGAUUCCUGUUGUUCCUCCCACCACCGCAGCCAGCAGCACAGAAGAGCCCUCGGACUGCGAUUCCUACUGUAAGGCAUCCAAAGGCAAGCUGAAGAUCAACAUGAAGAAGUAUUGCAAGAAAGACUAUGCUGUUCAAAUCCACAUCCUGAAAGCAGACAAAGCUGGAGAGUGGUGGAAAUUCACAGUCAACAUCAUCUCUGUGUACAAGCAAGGCACAAAUCGGAUACGGCGUGGUGACCAGAUCCUGUGGAUACGCUCCAAGGACAUUGCUUGCAAGUGCCCGAAAAUCAAGCCCAUGAAGAAAUACUUGCUACUGGGCCAUGAUGAAGACUCUCCUGACCAGAAUGGCAUUGUCGCAGACAAAAGCAGCCUUGUGAUACAGUGGAGGGACACAUGGGCCCGGCGGCUGAGGAAGUUCCAGCAACGGGAAAAGAAGGGGAAGUGCAAGAAAGCCUAGAAGAUGGGAAGAGAGACUGCACUCACAGUUUUGUGCAGAAUUUGGAGCAGGUGGGGUGGGAUGAAGGACACUGGCAAAAAGUUGAUUUGCAGUUCAUGGGACUGGGAGGGCAAAACAUGGACUAAUAUCUUCUUAUGAGACCUGCCAAUUUUGCACCUCAUACUACCACAAAAUGUAGUGAGAGAACAAAUUUAGAGAAGAGCCAAAUGAGAACCUACUCACCAUAGGAACAAUUGUUAGAUCUGCCACUAGUUCCAUCAUCCCCUUUGAUUUUUCUCUUCUGAAGAGUCUGCCUGCCUUAAAUACAUUCCCUGAAAGUUGUCAUUACAAAACACCAUGAUAAGAGGAGGGAAAUGCUUGCCAUACAUCUUUGAUUGACAGGAAGCAUGGAGAUGUUCAGGAUGUUGGUUUGAAACAGACUACUGGGAAAGUAACCACCUGAGGAGCAAGCAGUUGGAAUGGUUUUUCCAUUCUCUAUCAUGCAGAAUCUUGAUAUAUCAAAAAGGAUCAAGUUUUCAAGAGAAUUUACAAAGACGGCUUCAUUGUAAACAAUCGUAUUUCACUUACUCUAAUACAGGACGGUUACUGUGGGGUGUCAGGGGGUAUAGUUUUUCAGAAAUGCUGCCCUAAACUACAACCUUACUGCUUCAUUCAAGUUAGGAAGGCUAAGAGCAAGGAAGAAGAAAGUAUUUAUGGAGCUGUUGAAAUCGGUACUCUAGGAAAUCUUGCAAUGCUUUGAUGGCCCUCUGUGAGAACAUUAGAUCACUCUCACUCCUACAUUCACCAGAAUAUGAAAUAAAUGCUGCCUAGAAGCACUGCCAUCUUAACUGGAAGUAGCUAUUCUCUCUUCCUUGCUUCACUAAGUCAAAGAUAUGUUACCUCUCCAAACCAGUGCAUCUCCAAUACUAUGGUUUUUAAUUUCUCAUUAUGGAAUCCACAUACGGCAGUUCUCUCACUACUGGAAUGGCUUCAGAAUUCAUUCCAAUAUUUUGUUCUACAUAAUUGUAGUACUUUGAUCUCAUUUUAAUGAUUAUGUGGAGUGCUUAGAAUUCUCUGCCAGAGAGCUCUAAAGCCUCACCAUACUACAAAUACCAGGAUUCUGCAGGGUGCAGAAAUGGCAGAUCAAUAACUGGGAUCAGUGCUAUAAUUGUGUAAAACCACGAUUGGUACCUUUUCUGUAGCAAGGAGGAAAUGGAGAAACAAAUGAUCCCUGAUUAGAGGUGCUUACAAGGAGAAAUGAGAGUGGAACUUGACAAGCUAACUCCUCUGUUUGUAAAAGCCUGUGGUAGCAUGAUUUUGUAAUAGUAUGUACAGUGACCAAUAAGUUGGUUGGACAGAAAGAACGUCUCCUACAAACAUACCAUUAUUCAAGCAAUCUAGACUUCUUUAAAAAGAUAGUGAGAGGUGUGGGUUCACUUGCAUUUAAAAUCCUAAGAAGUGUUGGAGAUUUUGUUGCUAGUCACACAAAUCUCCUACAGGUUCCAACUAUAAAACUUGGAAGAUGAUACAAGCAGGCAGUUCAACCGUGAGCUUAGAACGGCAUGCCCUGCAAAAUACAAACUUCCCUGAGAUGUUUCCUAUUAGGAAACUUGGAAACAUCCUUUUAAUGACAUUUCCAGUGGUUUUGCCUUGUUUUAUAGCAAUUGACAAUAUUUAUAUAAUGACAUAAACUACCAUAAAACAAACUUCAGCAAAAAUAGGUGUCAAGUGGCCAGAUGCCGGGGAAGUGGAGUAUGGAGGACAGCAGGGUUGGCUGGAAUGGUGUGGCCGGCGGGAAGCAGUGACUUCACCCCUGUGCACACAAUUGGGAGUUUCAGAGCAUUUGGAUUCUGUAGCCUUCCUUGCUAGGAUAAAAAGAACAGCCUCCCAGAUGAGGUGGAUUUAUCAGUAUAGCUCAUAUCAAUUAUUAUUGUAGAGCCAGGAAGAACUAAUUUGCUUGUAAGUAAUAAAGGUUGAGGAAGAGCUAAACUGGAAAAAUAUUAAAAUGUAUUUCAGGGCUGAAAAUUGUUUCCUUCAGAGUUCUCCAGUUUCAGGUACACAUUGUCCAGGUAUGAUCAGUCUGUGGAAUUAAAAGUAAAGUGGAUGAUAUCAAUUCUAGAUGUACAGUUAGUACUUCCUUGUAUUAAAAUAUUUCCCUUAAAGUGGAAAUCUAGCAUAGCAGAAAGAGCUAGGACCGCCCCCUAAUUUGCUGGGCCAAGGAUGGGAAGUGUGUGGGGGCUUCAGAUGGUAUUGGUUCACAUCAUCCGUGACUGCAGGCGAUGACAGCGAGGGCUGAUGGCAGUUCAGCAGCAUCUAGAGGACCACAUGUUCACCAUCACUGUGCUUGAUCUGUUUGUUUUAUUUUUACACGGUACUCUUCAUGUUGACUGAAGUUUUUAAAAUGGCAUUCCUCCACCUCCCUCACUGUCAUCUGGAGAAAAGGCAAAAGUAUUCGAGAUUUGUUUUGGAGAAUGUGUACAUGGAGAAUCUUAACAAUCAAAUCAGAUUCUGAAUACAAAUAUCCUGGUAGACCGUUGUUGCGCUGUAGAGCAUUCUUCUUCUCCAAAUACAUGGACUUAGAGCAAAGUUGAAACCAUAUAUUUAGUUUUGUUUUUGCAUCUUCAAGUUUCCUGCAAAUUUGUUUUGUCUAGAACUUUGACAUUAAAGAAAACCCAAAGCUGAACAAUAGCCACUGAAGUAUGUCUUUGAAAGUGUCAAGGAAUUACAAUUUAGGCCAUAGUAUGGAGGGCAGGACUAGUCCUAUAAUAGUUAUACAGCCUGAGGAAAGAGGGUGAUCGAGUGUACCAAAAGCUUCCACUUAAACUGCUUAAACUGAAGAGAGUUGAGGUCCUUUGCUCUCAAGGCUCGGAUACUUCUCUCCCUUGUGCCGUGUGAGCUGAUUCGGGAAUGGUAAUGUCCAGAAUUCUUAAAAAUCUACUUUGGGGAGCUUUGUUCUGGGUUUUUGAUUAGCUCCCAGGUCCUGCACAAAAAUACGUGUUUUCCUAUGAUGUGCUUAGCAGUCUGAUGAAAUGUUUUCCCUUCAAUGUGCAAAUUUCAAUACAAAAAGCAAAACUCAUGAAAAUUCAACUCAGCCCUACUACUGCACUGUCCCACAACACAAGCCUCCUUGUUCUGGCUUCCCAGUGAAGGUUUCCCCAGCUACAAAAAGGGCUAUUCUCAUUACAAAUCCUGUUAUAAUGUUGCUUUUCCUUGAAAGUUCCUUUACUCUCAAGGAUAACAUCCUGACUAUGCAACUGUACAUACAGUUUCAUUCCUGAGCAAGAAAGCAUUCUGGAGGCAAUUCUAUGUUUGGAGUAAGUACUGAUAACCACUAUAUAAUCCCUUAAAACAAUGUUUACAACAUAAGAUACUUUUAUUGGUGUCUAAUCUUGUUUAGGACAGCCGAGGAAUGGGCUCGCCUUUUGUAACAGACAUUAAUAAUCCAGAAAGUUAUAAAGGAGGAUGAGGACAACAGAUAAUAAAUAAAAAAGAAUCUACAAAGAAAACAAUGAGUUAUUGUAGAGUUAGCACAAAGUGUAAAAAUAGAUCUAGAACUCAGAGACUGUGUAUUAAUUAAAAAUAUAAUACCUUAUUUUGAAAAAAUCUUUCUUCCUCCUACAUUAGUAAGAAAAUCUCUUCUCUAUACAGUCAUGACUACUUUGAUGGGUUGGUUUUCUGCUUCUAACAUAUAACAAAUCUCUCCCUUGGUAAACUGCAGCAGACUUUCAGAUUCGAAUCAGCUAAACAGAAGAGUUAAAGUUACAUAUUUUAGGGAUUGCCUUACUCCCGAUAACCUCCUCCCAUUUUAGUGUGUGAGAGAAAUAUGCUGACACAUGGGCUAUUCAUUGGCAGUCUUCAAUCUUCCAUCAUGUUCAGAUAUGCUUAGAAAGUAGCAUAUAACCAGGAUCAGUUCAGGCCUCUCUCACACUACAUAAUUAUAAUACAUUCAUAGCACUUUAGCUGCUAUUUUUCCAUACUUUAAUUCCUGGGAUGUGUAGAUUCAUGAGGUAUUUAGCAUUCCCUGCAGAGAGCUCAACUGCUUCAGAAAACUUCAAAUUCCCAUAAUUCCACAGGAUCCAAUCUUUGUAGCUAAAUGUAGUAUUGAUGUGUUUCAAUUGUGCAGUGUAAAGGCCAAUGGAAGAUGAGCACAAUAGGCCAUUUCCAGUCAUCUCAUACCCAAAGUUUAUGGCAAUUUAGAAAGCAAGAUUGCAAGCUGCAGUUUCCCAAACUGUCCUUAAGAAACUUAAGACACCACAAUCUUGACAUAUAGCAAAAAUAUAAAUUACAUGUUUCCAGAUGAGAAAUUGAGCACUGCCACCAGCAAAUAAAUGAAGUAAUCUGAAGUGACAGAAAGUAGUACCCUGUAUUUGCUCCAAAAGUGCCAAGCUCUGGGUUGUCAAGACCAGAUACUGUAUAUAAUGCUAACGAUGUUGAAAUACUGUGGAGAAAUAUUACAAACUGUAUGGACAGGGUAAGAUGGCAACUGGAAUUAUUCUGAGAAGCAGAUAAGUUGCAAAAAUAAUUACCACAAAUAGGUAGCACUGAACAAAAGAUUCAUUCCAUUUUUAGUACUGUAAGUGUUUUAAUUGAUCCACUGAUCACUGUCCCUCCACCUCCCUCUCCCCCUACCUCCCUCUCCGUCAGGCACGCAUACAUACACACUGAUCACACAGGGGAAGAAAGCCUGUGCUCUUGUUGUUCUUGUUAAUAUCACAAAUUGUAAAUGUUGUUUAGUCAUGACCAUUGCAUAUAGUUUGGGAGCAAUGUUUCUUUACAAUGCAUACUAAUAUAUUAUGGUUAUAUAUAUGAAUAUAUUUAAUGACAUGUGGGAAAAGAGUUGUGGAUUUUCUUAUUCUCCCUCCCUCCAUUUUCUUAUUUGUUAGAUGGACUGACAAUUGACCGAGAAGGAACCUGUAAUUGUGCAGCAUGCACUUCAUAGGACUAAAUCCAGACAUCUGUCAAAUAAACUCUUGUAAACUUCU